GAAACAGAGUAUAAUAAGAAUGUUGUGACUAAUGUUUUUCAAAAGAUCUGCAUGAAUUCAUGAAUUUAAAUAGUUUUUGUGAAUUGUACAGCUGUGUACUUUGCAUACACUCAAGAUCACCACCCAAGUUUAAUGUUAGAGAUUAAUGUCAAGAGUUACCCAACGUGAAUAAUGCCAACUGAGAUUUAUUAGGACAUUCACUGUAGGCCGUAAAACAAUCCCCACAGCUUUACUUUACAGUUAUAUUCUCAAUCGCUUGAGGAAGGUGUAAAGACAAUAUGAGACAUGCACAUUCCUUGACAUUAUAUGCAAAGUAGCCUAGUAAUUCACUUGCCAUAACAGUGUAGAGUUGCAAAAUCGAUUCACAAUCUUACCGCAUAACUAUGUGAUGAGCAACUCAUGCUUUCGCGUUAAUCUGAUUAACUAGCCUCCUGUUUAGUAGUGUAAUCUUCGUAACUUAUUUUUUCGAUACGGUGAUUUAUCGAUAUGAUUACUUUGUUCCUUAGUGGACUCACCUCUACCUUUAAAAGAAGAGCAGCGCUGGGUGUUGCUGUCAUUGAGAAAGCAGUGGGAAGUGAAAAGUCUUCAUACCUAUGUGUCAGUGGAUUACGGACUGAAUCCUGGGUUUACAUGCCAACAAUGCUGCCUCCUCCUUGUAGUAUACGCCCAUCAACUGAGCUGUGAAAGGAGGGUAACUUUUACGGCACUCCAUGACAGAACAUCAAGCGCUGUACAUUGCCUGAAAAUGACAGGUGGUUGAAUUGACUCGGUGCCUGAAUGAGGUACAAUCGUGCCUUUCACGUUCAUAACAGUACGAAGAAUCGGUUUUUUUUUUGCCAUGGGGCAGUCGGAGUCCCAAGAAGAAGACGAACAAUUGGAUAUCUCAGCAAUACAAACUCUGUACAAAAGCUUCAUUAUGGAAUGUCCCAGUGGCUCUUUGUAUUUGCACGAAUUCAAGAAAAUAUUUGGAAUAAAAAACGACGACUCUCCAGAAUCAUUAUACAUGGAUAAUUUGUUUCGGUCAUUCGAUAUGAACGGAGACGACACAUUAGACUUCAUUGAAUAUGUAGCUGCUCUACAUCUUGUUCUGCGUGGAAAACUAGAGGAUAAACUCCGAUGGUCAUUUAAAGUCUUUGACCACGACGAGAACGGACGUCUAGACAAACACGAGUUAAAACGGAUCAUUAAGAUUAUUUAUAAGAUGAAGCAGGGGAAAAUGGCUGAUGCAUCCGGCAAUUCUCUCACUGUCGAUCAAGUAUGUGACCGACUGUUUGAUACCAUAGACAAAAACGGUGACGGUCAUAUUUCACUUGAGGAAUUUUUGGAAGGGGCCCAAAAUAACCCAUGGGUGCGUAAUUGCCUGAAGUUGGAUGUGAACCCCUGUGCCUGGGUGAACAGGCAUCAAGAACAGAUCAAUGGAUACAAAAAGCCUUUACUGUCCUCUAAAGACAGAUUACGAUGACUGAUGGAUGCGCCUUAUGCACCAAGAUGAAGUGACUUUGUACAUAGACAAUACAACAUUUUACCAAAGGAAAUAAGUCCUCACAUUUUCAGGCAAUGGACAUGCAAUGGACAUGCAUUAAGGACCUACCUACUAACUUCAAAGCCUCACAGGAUUUCAACUGGACAGGACAUUUGGGUUGCAAUCACAUACCCAAACAUGACUCACUCUUCAAUUACCCCGAAAAAGCUCAUCAGUGACCAAAUACAGAUAUCUCUGCUGUGAGAGUGUGACAUUUCCAUGUGUUUUGAUCAGUGCCAUAAUGAAAUUUGAUUGGUGGUUCAGUUCUUGGUUUGUCAUAUGUGUAUAUUCCUUUUCAUAUACCAAUUAAAAGCCUUUAAUAAAAUAAAAUAAAUAUAAACAACUUUA